AUGUCGUGCCCAGUCCAACAUAAUGUCCACACUGGCGAGAAGGCCAAUGGUACAGUGAGGGCUAAUGGCGUAGGAAAGCCUGCGCCUGGAGACUAUAUCAGAUGGGAUGCAGAAGGUGUCGAGGUCAAACAACCUGGAGAGGAACAGAAGAUCAAGGAAGUGUCAGAUCAGUUCAACCGCUUUCAGAUGAUGAAUUUCAACGAACACCACCAUUGCCUGAGAGGAACACAUUUGAAGACACAAGGAUGUGUUAUUGGCAAAUUCAACGUCGCAAAAGACCUACCACCCCACCUUGCACAAGGAAUGUUCGCCAAACCAGGUUCCUACGACGUUAUCAUGCGAUACUCGUCGCUCACGCCUAAGCUCGUACCGGACAACGUGCCUGCUCCCCGCGGCAUCGGGAUGAAAAUCUUCGGUGUCGAGGGCGAAAAGAUUUGGGGAGAGGACAAGAAGACACAGGACUGGACAUUCAACAACUAUCCCAUUCUUGAGCUGAGAGACCCAAAGACCACGUAUGAGAUCGCCGACUCGCUGGAGAAGAACUGGAACGAUAUUCCCAAGUUUGCAGAGGAGCAGAGCAAACGUGUGGAUGCUGACGUGGCUACAUAUGGUAGUCAGCUACCUAGACAGCAUAUGGUUGCCAUGCCCGAGUAUUCGCAAUCCGCAUACCGCUUCGGCGACUAUGUGGCCAAAUUCGGUGUUUUCCCACUCGGCGAGGAGCAAAAGAAGCUUGAGAAGACCUUCAUCAAGGAUGACGACCCGAUCAAUGUGAUUUCUCAGCACAAUCGUGACUUCCACAUGAAGAACAAGGUGACCUACUCAUUCUGUGCUCAGCUACUCCAGAAUCUCGAGGAGCAGCCCGUGGACGACAUUGGUGUGGAGUGGGAUGAGACGAAGUAUCCAUUCGAGCAGAUCGCGACGAUUGAAUUCGAACCACAAGAUUCGUGGAUCCCCGAGUUCAGAGUCUGGUGGGAUGACCGAAUUACUGUCAAUUCGUGGCACGGUCUCAAGGAGCAUCAGCCCUUGGGUAGCACCAAUCGGUUGAGGAGAGUGGUUUAUGCCGAGUCCAGAAAACUGAGACUCAAGGUAAACGGCUAUAAGGAUUAUAUUGAGCCAGCAAGCCUGAAAGAGAUCCCAGUCUCUGCAUGA